AGAGUGGUCAGAUCGGGACUGACUUAUAUAUAUUUGUAGCGUUUAUAACUUGAAUUUAUAACGCAUGCUUUAAACAUAUUUAAUUGAUAUAAAAGGAACUGUAAUUCUUCCAACAUUUUAUUGAGUGUACAAGAAACCAGAAACGAAAAUUGCCAUGGCCUUCUUAAAACUAUUAUUCAGCAGUAGUAGUUUAAUGCUGAUUACCGCGAUAAUUGCUUCUUCCGAUGCAGAAGUUAGGAAAUGUAGUAAUAAUUCUAGUUCUCCAAUUGUGCACGAUAUAUUACAAAAUUAUGAGAUCUCGAAGUAUGAUAUCAUGUUGGAAUUUGUGAAUCUUCAUACUAGCGUGUUCAACGGCCUUGUUAAAAUCUUUUUCAAUUUUUUUUGCGACACACGUUACAUAAUUUUGCAUUCAGUAAAUCUGAAUAUAACAAAAGUUAAUUUUUAUGAUCAUACAAAUACUCGAUACGACGUACCGUCCGAUAAAAUACCGCUUGGACAAGGGAACCAUGAAGAUGCUAUCCUCAUUGAUUUAUGGAGGAGAAAACCUUGUACGAAAUGUAAAUCCAUGGAGAAUUUCGUAAAAAGGGGAUAUUACCGAAUAAUUAUAUCUUAUACCGCACCAUUAGCAAAUAAUCCAGCCUUAUUUGUUACUACGCAUAUAAAUGAAAAAAACGAAAAAAGGUGGUUACUCGCAACAGAUUUCUAUCCUAACAAAGCGCAACAAGUGUUUCCAUGUUGGGACGUUUUAAAACAGGAUAAAAAACGGUUUAUCUUCCAUCUUACGGUCAUACAUCAAAGAGAAUAUACAGUUUUUUCAAAUACAUGGAAGGAAAGUUAUUCAACUCACACGGAGAGUAAUUUCGAAGAUGUUGUCCUUACAUCUCCUUCUGAUGUGGCAUUUGCAAUGGUCUCCAGCAAAUUCUACACAUUUUACAGUAUUAAACCAAACAUAGAUAUGUUUUGCAGAGAUGUAUUGCGUAACGAUUUCGAGUCCUUCGAGUUUGCAAAUAACAGCAUUAAUAAUAUAGUCUUGUUUUCUGCACGCCAAAAUUGGAUAUGGCCAUCAUGGAUACUAAAAAUUGAAUACUUAGUAAUCCCGAACUAUUGGCAUAACAGCAUGCACUACUCAGGACUAUCUUUCAUCAGAGAGUCAGACUUAUUGUAUAAAGGAGAGUCAAAUACCGCUGGCCAUCAAAGUAAUAUCCUGCGUUUAAUAGGCGGUGCAUUCUCACAUCCAUAUGUUAAUGAGUACAUUAAACCAUAUUGGUCUUAUACGUGGUUAAAAGAAGGUCUAGCUGUCUUAAUCGGAGCACAUGUCGUCGAGCAGAAUCACCCAACUUUACGGAUGACACAGCUGUUAGUAGUUCAAACUCAACACGAAUCUCUUCGUUUGGAUACUUUAGUAAUGAAUCCUCUUAUAUCAGAGAUGAAUAAUACCUCUGAUUUCACUCUUUUCUAUCUUCGUUACAUGAAGGCACCAUUUAUACUGCGCAUGAUACAGCAAAUACUUCCUGCAAAUACACUCUUCAACAAUUAUGUCCAUUAUGGUACCAGAUUAUCAACUCUACACAGUUAUUUACUUCAUAUACAAUAUGCUUUUUCAAACAAUUGCCCGAAAAGCAUCACUUUUUUAUUCAGCGAUAUGAUUGAUACUUGGAUAACGCAAAGACAUUAUCCCGUGUUGAACGUGACGCGAAAUGCCGAGAAUGUGAUAAUAACGGCAGAUUAUUCUGAAAGUGAACAGAAUUAUAUUUAUGAGAACAAAUGGUAUAUACCUUUUACCUACGCUACGCAAGCUAAUCCUACUACUUCGCCCAAUUGCCAUGAUGUUCAUUGGUUAACACCAAUAGAAGUAGAGUAUGUUAUACCAGAGUUUCCUGCAUCUCAAUGGAUUUUAAUUAACAUACAGCAAGCAGGAUACUAUCGCGUUUAUUAUGAUUAUUCGAACUGGGUGCGUAUUAGCGAAUAUAUGAAUUCUGAAGAUUUUUACAAAAUACAUGUCCUCAAUCGUGCUCAACUUAUCGACGACUCGUUUAACUUCAUGAUUACACAAAACAAAUUUCAUCCUGACUUGUUUUGGAAACUGACGCAAUAUCUAUGGCGAGAAAAAGACUACAUACCAUGGUAUCCUAUGUUUAAAGCUCUUGAAUAUUUAUCGACUAGCCUUGCAUAUGAGCCUGACGACAUAGUGUCUGAUUUUAAGCGUGAAAUGGCGAAAAUUUUCGAUCUUUUGGAGACAACUUAUUUAAAUGAUAUAGAAAAAGAUUUGAAUGACAUUCACACAAAACCACUUACUAAAAGUUUAUGGCAGGAAGCUGUAAAAUGGUCAUGUAUUUUUAAUACUCCAACAUGUCUUUCUAAAGCUGCACAAUUUUUAAAAAUUUAUGUCGCAAAUCCUUCAUCAUUAGAAAUAAAAAGCUAUUCAACAGAAUGGAAAGCUUUGCUUUUAUGCAAUGGUUUAAAAAAGGCAGAUCAAAACACUUGGAAUAAUGUAUCAAUGAUCAUUGAUGAAACACAUGACAUUGAUGAAACACAUGACAUUGAUGAAACAUAUGAAAAAAGACGUUUGGAAACUGCUUUAACAUGCAGCAACACUCUUGAUAUCAUAUUAAAUUAUUUCGAGAUAGUAAUAAAUAGUAACAAUAUUGAACCAUUUCUUUCUAUUAUUGUUAAGCAUGCCAAUAAAGAUGUAAUACUUACGGAGAUAUUAAACAAAUAUCAGUACAUAGUACUUAGCGAUUUAAAUAGGCUGGCACUUUUAUGCAUUAUAAUUAAUAGCGUUUAUACAAUUGAGCUAUUUGAUAAGAUAUCAAAUUAUAUACAAACUAAUCUAGCGACGGUUAGUAUAUCAUGGUAUGACAAUAUUGAAGACGAGUUCGUAGUUUCGUACCAAUAUGAAAAAGAAAUAAUUGCAAACAUUAUGCAAAAAAUAAAUGUACGGCAAGCUCAAUCUAAACGUAUAUACGAUAGGUACACAAAAUAUGUUACUGUUCCUUUUUUAAUGACUACCUAUUGAAUUUCUUUUUUAUUGACAUACUAAUCUAUUGACUUAUUUAUCUGUAAUUUGCGAUGAAUGUAUCUACAUGCAUUGGGAAUUAUUGUUUUUA